AUGGCAUCGUCAAAAUUCGAACUAUUUUGUGCUGUUCUACUGGGUUUGGGUCAAAUGUGCAUUAUGAUCGGUAUCGAUACACAGACGUUUGUCGUUGAAGCUGUAAUUCAUUCUGUUCAUAGGCGAAAUCCUACGCUAGUCAAUAUGUACGCCGGCUACUAUGGGGAAGCGAUAUUAUGGGGUUCAUUUAUGCUAUCCUGUAUUAUUGCACCUGCUUUAGUUUCUAUGAUUACUGCUAAAUGGGCGCUAUUCUUAAGCUCCAUAUGUUGCACACUUUAUCUUGCCGCAUUUCAAUACCUAAACAAUUAUAUAUUAUAUACAACGUUUGUAAUACUGGGUUUUGGACUAGCAUUAUACUACGUUGCUGGUGGAAUAUAUCUGGCUUGUCAUUCAACUAAAAGAAAUAUUGAGAAAAACACUUGUAUCUCAUGGUCGUUAAUGAGCUCAUCUGCGAUGCUUGGCAGCAUUGCGCUCUUCGUUGUUGCUGCCUAUCACCAGGAGAGUAAGGAACCUAAAGAAGAAGGAAGAAGGGCUCCUCGACAACGAGUUUUCUCUGAAAACGAGAUUAGAUGCAUGUAUGGAAUUUUUGCAGUGAUCGCAGGUGUUUCAAAUGUUAUUUUCGCGUGCUUACCCAAGAAACCGGUGGAGAAUUGUAUUGAAGAUGAAAACGAAACGUCAUUCAGAGGAGGUGUACGUUUGAUGCUUGAAGCGUUUACCGACAGAAGAGUGAUAAUGCUCAUCCCGCUAUCUCUCUAUUCUGGUCUUCUCACAUUAUUUUGGACCUCAGUGUAUCCGACUUCUCUUCUUUUCACCCGUACACUCGACACUCAUAUAUACUUACACGGAUUUUACAGCUUAACCGUUGGCUCAGGAGAGGUUCUGCUCGGUUGCUUCGUGGCAGGGAUGUCGAAAAAAAUCAGAAAUUUUGGUCUGACGCCUAGUAUGUGCCUUGGAACCGUACUGUCGAUAGCAGCUCUGACGGCCGCUUUGGCGACUGUUCCUAAAACGGCUACUUACGAGAUUUCAUCGGAGAGAGCUUUGUUUGUACAGCCGAGUCUUUCAACUACGAUCAUAACCGCUUUUCUUCUUGGCGCUGCUGAUUCCUGUAUACAAAACUCUAGAACUGUUGUUCUAUGCGUUGCUGCAAAACCUGGACAACGUUUACACGCGUUUGCUAUUUCCAGACUCUAUCAGGGCUUGUCAGCGUCAGCGUUAAUGUUUCUAAGUCCAUACAUGUCGAUCUAUGUCUACUUUGUACUACUAGGAUCUUUUCUGCUAAUUUCACUGAUUGGUUUCCUUAAAGCCAUCAAACAGCCGAAACAACCUUCAGAGGAAUCCGCCAACUCCGCACCAGACGUACUACCAGAGAAGCAGAAUUACGACGGAGAUAAUUUUAAGAAUGAACUAGACCAUUAG